AUGGACAUCGACGAGCAGGAGGCAGCGCGGGCAAAGGAAGCGCGGGCCGAGAUGCUCCAUGUGAUGGGGAGCGCCUCGACAAUGGGAGCCACCCCGACAGAGGCGACCACACCGGCACCCACGGAGUCGACUCAGGCGGAGGAGGACGAGGCUCAGCGCCGCUCCAAGUGGCAGAAGCCAGCAGCCAAAGGCGGCAAGGGCGGCUCACAGGUAGCCGACAGCUGGUCGGAGCAAUUCUCCCAGGGCACAGUCAAGAGCCCUCUUCGGCUGAUGCUGUUCAUGGCAAUGAUGGAACUGCUUCGCACUCAAGCGGAGGAGACCUUGGCCGACACGGAGAAGCUCCAGAGGUGCAUGAAUGUAGGGUGGACUGUGGAAGGAGAAAACGCCCUCAGCCCGGCAUGGGUUUAUCAUGCCUGGGACCCGGCAGCCAAGAAGCAGAUCAAGGCCGACACCGCACCCUUGAAGCAUGUGGAGGCCUUAAAGCAGAUCGAUCUGCUGCUCCUGCAUGCCCCGCGCGAGGGAGUGCUGAAGAACUUCAAGACGGCGAAGAAGAUGUCGCCGAAGGACCAGUACACGGCCGAGGUCCUCCCCUUCAUGGUUUCGAUCGGCCUACGCGGGGAGUCGAGCCAGAUCUGCUACAAUGCCCUUCGGCUGCUCAGCGGGCUGGCGGUGACAAAGCUGAUCGGAGUGAGGGUGCGGCCAGAACGUGGCCAGGAGUCGCAGCUUGUGAAGCAGUUGAAGGAGUCCUACAUGGGGACAGCCUACUGCGACUGGACCAGGCCGAGCGCGCCCUGGAACAGCGAUGCCUAG